GAGAGCGUUUGCAGGUACCAAAAACCAAAAGCAUAAUCUCCACAUUCUUAAGCGAAUUUCAUCAUUUUGAGCAUUACAAUAACAUGCCAGUUGGAUACAUCGCCAUGCAUAAGUUUAAGACCAACGAGCCGGCCAUGGGGCAGGGCCAGCGGGGCGGCCGCCCAGGGCCCAAAAAUCUUGAGGGCACCAAUUUUUAUAUAAUGUUUUAA